AUGGGUAUUAUAAGUAAAGGAUAUUACUUUGUUUUAGGCCUUUCUAUUAGUUAUAUUAUUUUUAUUUUAGCUCUUUUAGUGCCUUUUAUUCAAAGAAAUGUUUUUUAUCUUCAUAAAAUAAGAAGUUGUUCAAAAGGAGAUGUCUUGGAGCCAGAAUUGCUUGGAUUUUCAUUUCGAAGAGUUGAUCCUUUUUUUUUGAAAACAUCUGAUAAUGAAAAUAUUUUUGUUUGGCAUGUUUUACCCUAUAAUGUUUAUUAUAAAAAUCUUUUAAAAUUGUCUGAAUUUCAAGAGGGAGAAGAAUUGCAUGAUUUUUUUAUUUCCUUAUUAUCAAAAAGUCCUAAAUCAAAGCUUAUAAUUUAUUUUCAUGGUACUGCUUGUAAUAUAGCAGCUAGACAUCGUUUGAGUUUUUAUAGAAUAUUAACUUCUUUUGAUGAUGUACAUGUUUUUGCUGUUGAAUAUAGAGGGUUUGGAAAAUCAUCAGGUGAACCAAGUGAGGAUGGAUUAAUUGAAGAUGGAGUUUCUGUUGUAAAAUGGGCAAUAGAUGUAGCAAAGGUGAAUCCAUCAUCUAUAUUUUUAGUAGGUCAAAGUCUUGGAACUGCUGUUGCAAUUGGAGUUGCUGAAAAAUUAUCAACUUUAAAAAAUCCUAUAUUUGUAGGUCAUUUAGUAUCAAUUGCUGGUUUUUCUUCUAUAAGAUCUUUAUUAACUACAUAUAAAUUGGGAGGCUAUUUUCCAAUCUUGUCUCCCUUGAAAAUGUAUCCUGGUAUAAGAAAGCUUAUUUUUAAAUUUUUAUAUCAUCCUUGGAAUUCAUUAGAAAGAAUUCAAGUUUUUUCAAAAAUAUCUGAGAAAAGUGGCACUAAAAUAUUGUUUAUUCAUUCAAAAGAUGAUAGUCAUAUUGAUUUUUAUCAUUCUUUUGAACUUUUUGUUGCUGCUGUUAAUGCAACUGUUACUCGAGAAAAUCAAACAUGGAGGGAUCUGGUCACCUUAAAAGAAAAGAAAGGUGAAGUAUCUAUUGUAUCUAAUCAUGAUAAUGAAAGAAUUACAUAUUUGCAGGUUGCAUGGGGUGAUCAUAAUCAAAUUAUCCUUCAUGAUACUGUUAUUUCUAGGCUAAUUCAUCCGCCAAGUUAG